UGCCACGUUCUCCACCAUACCACAUCCGGAACUCUACAUAUGAGCAAGACUUCCUUUGCUCAUACGCAGCAGAUAGCUCAGAUGGCGCGCUCGCUUCUUUCUCCCGUCCUGCUGGCCUUCUUCCUGGCCGCGGCGUCGGUCGUCUCCAACGCCGGCGUCGCGGAAGCGUGGCACUGGCACGGGUGGCGCCACAUCUUCCGCGGCCGGUACGGCCACCACGACCACAUCUCGUCCAUCGUCUCCGAGGAUGACUACGCCUCCCUGUUCCUCCACAAGGACGACGCUGCCUGCCCCGCCAAGGGCUUCUACAACUACUCCGCCUUCGUGUCCGCAGCGGAGCGCUUCCCGGAGUUCGGCAGCACGGGCCGAAACUUCGACACGCGCCGGCGCGAGGUCGCCGCCUUCCUGGCGCAGAUCUCCCACGAGACCACCGGCGGGUGGGCCACCGCGCCCGACGGACCCUUUGCGUGGGGCCUCUGCUUCAAGGAGGAGCUGACGCCGCCCAGCAACUACUGCGACGCCAACAACACGCAGUGGCCCUGCGUCCCCGGCAAGUCCUACCACGGCCGCGGACCCAUGCAACUCUCCUGGAACUACAACUACGGGCCGGCGGGUGAGGCACUGGACUUCGACGGGCUAGGAAAUCCGGAGGUGGUGGCGAGCGACCCGGUGGUGGCGUUCAAGGCGGCGCUGUGGUUCUGGAUGACGCCGCAGCCGCCCAAGCCGUCGUGCCACGACGUCAUGGUGGGGCGCUACAGACCCACCAGGGCCGACAAGGCGGCGAACCGGAGGACGGGCUUCGGCCUCACCACCAACAUCAUCAACGGCGGCCUCGAGUGCAACCGCACCGGCAACGCGCAGGCGGACGACAGGGUCGGCUACUACCGCCACUACGGCGACAUCCUCGGCGUCCGAAACCUCGGACCAAACUUGGAUUGCGCUAACCAGCUGCCAUUCUCGUAAUCGAUCUAGGAGACAUGCAUGCAAUUUUCUUCCGAUUUUAGUUAUACAUCGGUGAACUUCAUGUUGCUUCAAAUUCUAGAGCAUCGCAAAAACCUUUUUCUCCCCAAACAACGAUCAUGUCACACUCUGUAUCCUUGAUUCCUUGUUAAUUUGGGGAAUUUCCAUGUCGAUCCAAAGGAUGUUGCCCUUCAGACUA